CUCUCUCUCUCUCUCUCUCUCGGGAACCCUAGCGCUCCACUCCUUCCUUGCCGCCGCCACCUUCGGCGGGAAUCGAAGACCAUGUCCGGCGAGAUCCGGCGCGCGCAGCGAGAUCCAUCUCUCUCACACACACGAUAAGGAAAAUCCCCCGCCCCAUUCCCACGACUCAUCUGCCUCUCCCUCGAUCCCCUUCCUUCCCGAGGACGCACGCGCCGCCGCCUACCCGAUCCCCUUCUCCCCUCGCCCCCACAUCACGCCGCCAUCCACCUCGUCGCCUCCCAGAUUUAUCCUCCUCCUCCUCCUAUUCCCCUCGUCAGAUCCAUCCAUCCAUUCGUUUUUCCAUCCGAUCCACCUGACGCCAUCGCAUCCCCUUCUCGCUCGCAGGGUUGCAGGCGAUUUGAUCCGGUCUGGGUCCAUGGCGUCCACGGCCGUGGCGGCGCUCGUGGUGACCGACGAGCUGGCCCUGCCACUCCGCGCGGUGGGGGACGACGGCGGGGAAGCACGCAGCUGUGCAGCGACCGCGGGAGGUUUCAGUGAGCGGCCGCAUUGCUGCGGCAGGAGGACCAGCGCGGGCUUUCGGCAACGAGGCUCCAUCGCGCGAACCAAGACGCGGACUCGACAGGAUGGCUCUGCGGGACUCUGGCGUCAGAAGCAGCGGCUGGGGCCAUGCGGUGACCCUGGGACGCCGCUGCCCGAUUCUGGCGCGAAGGCAACCUCGUGCGAAUCACGGCGGCCUUGACCAAGAAGGAGGCGUUCGUGCCGCACGGCGGCCGGUGGUGAGCGUCGGUGCUGGCGAGUUUGGGUUAGUACGUCGCGAUGGCGGCGAGCCUGCUCGGUGUCCCAUGAUUGGACCUUGGAGCCACGUGAAGAGAAGGGGAUCCACUCCAAACCCAGCACUGGACAUGGUGACGAACUCACUGUUCGAGAAGAGGCCGAACCGGUUAGGCAUCGGCUGCGCGCUACCACCCAAGAAGGACCUCCACCUGCUCGCCAACGCCGCAUCCUCAAGCAGCGCAUCCGUGCCCAGCCGCGGAAAGUGGUGAGGAGAUGUUGAUGAUGCCUACUUGCUUGGCUGCUACGGUGAUGCAUGCACCGAUGAAGCAAGCACACAUGCAAGGCUGGCCCCAUGUAUCUUCCUUGGCUGCGGACAUCAUCUACAGGAUAGCAGUAUGACCAAGACAAGCUACAAGCUCCCAGCGCGUCUGAUCCAGGAUGAAUGGCUAUGGUCAUGAGCUCCUCAGGAUCAAAAUAG